AUGUUCGUCUCCAGUUUGCUGGACUUCCAGAACACCCGCUACGCCAGGUUUAUGAACCACAGGGUUGCGCCCGACCGGAGGUACCAGCCAACGGAGUACGAACACGCUGCGAACUGUGCCACGCACGCUUUCUGGAUCAUCCCAAGCAUCUGGGGCAGUUCCAUCCUCCACGUCCUUGCCGACAACCAGUGGGAAACCAUAUCUGCCUGGAUCUACGGCUUUGGUCUGUCCGGACUAUUCAUCGUCUCCACAAUCUUUCAUACCAUUUCUUGGAAGAAGAGGCAUUUAAGAACCAUAGAACAUUGUCUGCACAUGUUCGACCGGAUGGUCAUCUACUUCUUUAUAGCAGCAUCCUAUGCCCCUUGGCUGAACCUGCGGGAAUUGGGCCCCUGGGCCUCCCACAUGCGCUGGAUCGUCUGGAUCAUGGCCUCCGUCGGCACGCUCUAUGUUUUCUUUUUCCAUGAACGGUACAAGCUGGUGGAACUGGUGUGCUAUGUCAUUAUGGGAUUCUUCCCUGCGGUGGUCAUUCUCUCCAUGUCCAACACCGAUGGCAUCUCAGAGCUGGUGGCUGGUGGCUUCUUCUACUGCCUGGGCACCGUCUUCUUCAAGAGCGACGGACGCAUCCCCUUUGCUCAUGCUGUCUGGCACCUCUUUGUGGCGCUUGGAGCUGGCACUCACUAUUACGCUAUCUGGAGGUACCUCUACCGGCCAGACACUGUUGAGGCUGAGAACUCCAGGUAG